UUUCUCGGGAGGGAAAUGGGCAAAGUAGUGAUUCCAUGGCUGAUGGUGGCGAUAGUGCCCAUGAUCGCUGCAACCAUCGAGCAGCGUGCUCUCAGCAAGAGGAACGCCCCGGCCAAUCUCGAUUAUCCCGACUAUUCGACCAAGUACGACGAAUAUCCGGUGGUGGUGCCAAAGAGGGCAGCCCUUUUGUUCGAUCGAUUAAUGGUCGCGUUGCAAAAAGUUGUGGACAAUCAGAACAAAGGAGAGCUGGAUGGCAGUAGACCGUUCGCAAGAUCGCCCCAUCUAUCGAUUGAGAAUUCGCAAAUUAUUCCUUCUACGGACGAGCAAACGAUGAAGAUGGAUCUUCAGCGACGAGGUCAAGCGAAAGGGCGUGUUUAUUGGCGUUGUUAUUUCAAUGCUGUGACGUGCUUCAAGAGAAAGUGAUAAUAAGCCAACGUAACCAGCCUUCGAAACCCGACUAUUCGCAUGCUUUCCCCGGUUGAAAGAGAAACAAAUAAAUCACAAAUUCAGAACAAAACUAGAUCUUAAAUCCAACGAUGAAUCUAUCAUUUAUUUUGAAUCGAAUUAUUUUCUCGCUUUCGAAUCACUUCUCAUCUAUCUUCUUGAUGACUAUUUAAGUUCUUGCGUAUCACUAUUAAUAUGGUGCGGUUGUAUUAAACAGUGUUAACUAAUAUAUCUGUCUGGUUUAUAAAA